GCAGUGGGGGCACGCUUUCUGCGCUCUCUCUAGCAAGAAGUUAGUUCCUGCUCUUCCCUGGCCGUUUCCUGUAAUCGUACAGUGUUGUGAGACGGAGAAAGCCAUGUGUGUCGAUGCAAAGCUGUCCACCUAAAGGUUGAGAAGAUUUGGACAACUACUGCAUCUCUUCCAUCUCGGCGUCUUUUAAGCUUUCCGCCCGUCUCCCUGUGCGGAGUGGGCAAAGAUGGCAGAUCCCAUUAUGGACCUCUUUGAGGACACCCCCCUGUUUAACCUGGACGCCCUGCCGGACGACUCCUUCCCCCAGGGUUCCUCGGACCCCGUUGAGGAGGCUCUAAAGCUGGCUUUGGGGCAGGCCGUCCCAACAGGCGAGCCCGAGUCCAAUCCGGACCUCGCCGCCGGCUCCGGCCUCGCCGUCCCUGUAGCAGCCCCGGUGAUGCCGGACCCCGCUCCGCCUCACGUUCCCAGCCAGCAGCCGGUGCCGGCGGGGCCCGUUCAGACUGUUUCCGUAGCUCCGGCCGUGGAAGCUGAAGCGGCAGCUUUCAUGACCUCCGCUCCUGCCCCGGUGGAGCCCAUGGCCCAGAUGCAGGCCCAGACGACCAUCGCCGUGGCCAGCAACAGCGCUGGGGUUCCCACCAGCACUGUCCUGCUGAGCUCACCUCUGACUGUUUCCAGCGCGCCGGCCACCACCACCACUGCCACCACGCAGCAGCUGACUCAGAUAACUCACCAGCUCACUCCCCAGCAGCUGGCCGCCAUCACGCAGCAAGCCGGCGGCAAAAUUGUCAUUCUCAAAGGCCCCCAGGGCCAGGCCCAGGUGCUGCAGGCCGUAUCAGGGGCCACGGGUCAGACGGGCGGGAAGGUCAUCCGUCUGUUGUCCGGCACCCCGUUAAAGCCCGGCAUGUCCAUCCUGCAGGGAGGUACUGUCUUAAAUCAGGCUGGCCCAGGACAAGCCCAAGUCAAGGUGGGCGCUGCAGGGGUGCAGCGGCUGCUCCAGUCUGCCAACGGGCCCGUCAAACAGGUGCUGCUCACAUCCAUGCCUCAGCAGACACAGGGCCAGUCGGUCCAGGUGCAGAUUCCUGCCCAGGCACAGAUGGCUCAGGGUCAGACUACUGUCCAGGUCCAACCUCAGGCCCAGACCGCCCAGAUCCAGGUCCAACCCCAGGCCCAAGCGGUCCAAAUCCAGGUCCAGCCUCAAGGCCAGGCGGCUCAGGCCCAGGUCCAAACACAGGGUCAGGUGCAGCUCCAGCCCGCCAUGCAGGGCCAGGCACAGGGUGGCGAAGCGAAGCGCAUCACCCUGGUCCUCCAGCAGCCGGCCCAGACCGGUUCUGCUCCACCUGCGGGUCAGGCUGUCACCGCCCAGCAGCAGGUCACACCAGGAGGUCAGCAGCAGCAGACGCAGGCCCCUGCCAGGCUGGUGCUGGGUCAGCUCCCCAGUGGCAAACUGGUGCUCCAGGGCAGCCAGCUAGCGGCGCUGACCCAGGCCCGGGCUGCAGGUCAGGCCGGAGGACAGCCCAAAGUGCUCACAAUUCAGCUGCAAGUGCAGCAGCAGCCCAACCAACAAGGAGGAGUUAAGUACCAGCUGGUGUCGGGAGCUGGCGGCGCCGGCGGCCCGCAGGUGUUGCAGAUAUCCCAAGGCCAAGGAGGACAGCGGGUGGCCGUCCCUCUCAAAAUGCUUCUGCAGCCGCAGACGAGUUCGGCCACAUCUUCCGGCGGCACCGUCUCUGUGGUGAAGGUCAUCAACCCCUCCACAGCUGCCCCCUCCGCCACGACCACCACCCCGACGCAGGCCAUCCGCAUCACCAAGGCUCCCGGCGAGCCUGCCGCCGUCCGACGCGUGGAGAUCCUUUGCAAGCAGGAGAAGGCGAAUCGGAUAGUGGCCGAAGCCAUCGCCCGGGCCAAAGCCCGCGGCGAGAAGAACCUGCCCAGAGUCCUGAAUCAGGACGAGCUCCCGGCUUCCCAGACCUCGCCGGAGAUGGGAGGGACUCUGACCAUAGUGUCCGCUGCCAAGAAAAAGAGCAGCAGUGGGGGAAGCAAAAAGAAAAGUCUACCUGGAGGCCCCAUACCCAAAAUUGUUGUAGGGACGGACAAGAAGGGCAAAGUAGUGAAGAUAUCAGGAGGAACGCUCUCUGUAAGUGGUGGCACGGUGAUUCCUGGAGCUGGGAACAAAAGCAAAAGCAAGGCCAAAGCAAACACUAUUACCCUGGUAGGAGCAAAGAAAAGAAAGAGAAACGCAUCUUCAGACGUCUCUGAUGGGGAGCUGAGUCCACCUUCACCGGCCGCACUGGAGGAUGACCUGAUUAUGAGGCGCUCCAACCGGGUGGUGAAGAGGAAGAAGUACACAGAAGACUUGGAUAUUAAAAUCACCGACGACGAGGACGAGCAGGAAGAUGUGGACGUAACCACGACUGCGGCCGCCGUCGCCUCCAUCAGCGGAGGAGCCGCAGCUCAGCUUAAACAGGAAGUGGCGCUCGAUGGGGACGGACAGCCCAGCAUGCAGUUCUUUGUGGAAAAUCCGAGCGAGGAAGAUGCUGCCAUCGUUGAUAAAGUCUUGUCAAUGAGGAUAACUAAGAAAGAGGUUUCUCCGGGCCAGUAUACUAAUGCCGAGGAGUUCUUUGUUAAAUACAAAAACUACUCAUACUUGCACUGUGAGUGGGCCACUCUGGACCAGCUGGAGAAAGACAAGAGGAUCCAUCAAAAGAUCAAGAGGUUCAAGACCAAACACGCACAGAUGAGACAUUUAUUCCAGGAGGAGGAGGAGCCUUUUAACCCAGACUACGUAGAAGUGGACAGGAUCCUCGACGUGUCCCACAGCGUGGACAAGGACAACGGCGAGCCCGUCAUCUACUACUUGGUGAAGUGGUGCUCUCUGCCGUAUGAAGACGCCACAUGGGAGCUGAAAGAAGACGUCGAUGAGGGAAAAGUUGAAGAGUUCGGCAAACUCCAAAACAGACAGCCUCGCCUGAAGAGAACGGUGCGACCUGCAGCCAGCGCAUGGAAGAAGUUGGAGGAGACCCGGGAGUACAAGAACGGCAACACGCUCAGAGAGUAUCAGCUGGAGGGAGUCAACUGGCUUCUGUUUAACUGGUACAACAGGCAGAACUGCAUCCUGGCAGACGAGAUGGGUCUGGGGAAGACCAUCCAGUCCAUCACGCUGCUGUCAGAGGUGUACAACGCUGGAGUCCAGGGCCCCUUCCUGGUUAUCGCUCCCCUCUCCACCAUCACCAACUGGGAGAGGGAGUUCGCCACGUGGACCAACAUGAACGCCAUAGUGUACCAUGGAAGCCUCGCCAGCCGACAGAUGAUCCAGCAGUAUGAGAUGUACUGCAAAGAUGAUAAGGGACAUUUAAUCCCAGGUGCGUACAAGUUCGACGCCCUGAUCACAACUUUUGAGAUGGUGCUCUCCGACUGCCCAGAGCUGAGGGAGAUCUCCUGGCGCUGCGUGAUCAUCGACGAGGCUCACCGCCUGAAAAACCGCAACUGCAAGCUGUUGGACAGCUUGAAGAUGCUUGACCUGGAGCACAAAGUGCUGUUGACCGGCACUCCUCUUCAGAACACCGUGGAGGAGCUCUUUAGUCUUCUUCAUUUCUUGGAGCCCGCUCAGUUCCCCUCUGAGAUCGAAUUUCUUCGAGAGUUUGGAGACCUCAAAACAGAGGAACAGGUCCAGAAACUCCAGUCCAUUUUAAAACCUAUGAUGCUGCGCAGACUGAAAGAAGAUGUGGAGAAGAACUUGGCACCCAAGCAGGAGACCAUCAUUGAGGUUGAGUUGACUGAUAUCCAGAAGAAGUACUACCGGGCCAUUCUGGAGAGGAACUUCAGCUUCCUGAGCUUAGGAGCCAACAGCAACAGCAACGUCCCCAACCUGCUCAACACGAUGAUGGAGCUGCGCAAGUGCUGCAACCACCCCUACCUCAUUAAUGGUGCAGAAGAGAAGAUUGUGGCGGAGCUGCGGGAAAAGUAUGACCCCAUGGCCCCCGACUUUCAUUUGCAGGCCCUGAUUCGGUCCGCAGGCAAACUGGUGCUACUUGAUAAACUGCUGCCUCGCCUCAAGGCCGGCGGCCACAAAGUGCUCAUCUUCUCUCAGAUGGUGCGCUGCUUAGACAUUCUGGAGGACUACCUCAUCAACAAGAGAUACCUUUACGAGCGAAUCGAUGGAAGAGUGCGCGGGAACCUGCGACAGGCGGCCAUCGACCGCUUCAGCAAGCCAGAUUCAGACCGCUUCGUCUUCCUGCUGUGUACCCGUGCUGGGGGUCUGGGCAUUAACCUGACUGCUGCUGACACCUGCGUCAUAUUUGACUCGGACUGGAACCCUCAGAACGACCUGCAGGCGCAAGCACGAUGCCAUCGUAUCGGGCAGUCCAAGGCAGUCAAGGUCUACCGCCUCAUCACCAGGAAUUCCUAUGAGAGGGAGAUGCUGGACAAAGCAAGCCUGAAGCUCGGCCUGGACCGUGCCGUUCUGCAGAGCAUGAGCGGCAACAAGGACAGCAGCGUCAACGGGCUCCAGCAGUUCUCCAAGAAAGAAAUCGAGGACCUUUUGAGGAAAGGAGCCUAUGCCGCCAUCAUGGACGAAAACGACGAAGGCAGCCGAUUCUGUGAGGAGGACAUCGACCAGAUCCUCCAGCGACGAGCCACCACAAUCACUAUUGAGAGCGAAGGCAAAGGUUCCACGUUCUCCAAAGCCAGCUUCGUCGCGUCCGAGAACCGCAACGACAUUGCUCUGGACGACCCCGAGUUCUGGGAGAAAUGGGCCAAGAAAGCCGACAUCGACAUGGAUUCCAUCAACCGGAAGAACACGCUUGUGAUCGACACCCCGAGAAUUCGGAAACAGACCCGUCAGUUCUCCAGUCUACGCGGCGAGGGAGGAGACCUGUCUGAUUUGGACAGCGACGACGAGUAUCCGCCCGCCAAUUCCAGACACUCGCGCUCUUCUCGCCGCUCCGACCGCAACAGCGGGGGAGGUUACGGCCGCACCGACUGCUUCCGGGUGGAGAAGCACCUGCUCGUCUACGGAUGGGGUCGCUGGAGGGAUAUCUUGGCCCAUGCCAGAUGUAAGAGGCGUCUGAGCGAACGUGAUGUGGAAACCAUCUGCCGUGUAAUUCUGGUGUUCUGUCUAAUGCACUACCGCGGCGACGAGAACAUAAAGAGCUUCAUCUGGGAGCUCAUCACUCCACCAGAGAACGGCCGGGAGCCCCAAACACUACUAAACCACUCUGGCCUUUCUAUCCCGGUUCCAAGAGGCAGGAAAGGUAAGCGGGUCAAGGCCCAGAGCACCUUUGACGUUCAGAAGGUGGAGUGGAUCCGCAAGUACAACCCCGACACCCUGCUGCUCGACGACAGUUACCGCAAGCACCUGAAGCACCAGUGCAACAAAGUGUUGCUCCGGGUCCGUAUGCUCUACUACCUGAAGCAGGAGGUCAUCGGUGAACAUGCAGAUUCUGUCCUGAAGGGGGCUGAUAUUAGGGAUGUGGAUAUCUGGAUGCCAGAGAUGGAACAGCAGGAGGUGCCGGCUGCUUGGUGGGACUCGGACGCUGACCGCUCGCUGCUCGCCGGUGUCUUCAAACAUGGUUAUGAGAUGUACACUACCAUGCGGGCUGAUCCCUGCCUCUGCUUUGUGGAGAGAGUUGGUCGGCCAGACGACAAGGCCAUCGAUGCUGAGCAGCACACUGGGGACACUGAGAUGGGAGAUGAUGCUGACUUUGAUAAGUUCUCCGAGGAUCCAGAGUUCAAGCCAGCAUCUAGGCUCCCCAAAGACCCGUUUGACGAGCCCGACUCCAUGAACGUGGAUGAUGAGAUUUCAGUGGAGGAUAAGACGGUACCGGUGGCCACAGAAAGCGCAACGGGCCAGAGCGGCGUGUGCGAGUGGCCCUCGAGCUCGUCGCUCACGGCCCGGCUGAGGCGCCUGAUCACAGCGUACCAGCGCAGCUACAGACAGGAGCAGCUGAAGAUCGAAGCCGAGGCCAAAGGGGACCGCAGGCGCAGGCGGUGCGAACAGGCCAGCAAGCUGAAGGAAAUCGCACGGCAGGAGCGACAGCAAAGGUGGACACGGAGAGAAGAGAGCGAUUUCUACCGUGUGGUCUCUACGUUUGGCGUGGAGAAGAUCAAAAGGGAGCCGGCCGUUUCCGAGGAGGGAGAUGCCGAGUUUGAUUGGACCCGUUUCCGAACUUUUGCCCGUCUGGAUAAAAAAACCGACGAAAGCCUCAGUCGAUAUUUCCGUUCGUUUGUUGCCAUGUGCCGGAGGGUGUGCCACCUCCGGCCAGGCCGUGGUGAAGAUCCAUCCCAGCUGACCCAGACCGUGGCUCCCAUCACAGAGGAGCGUGCCUCCCGUACUCUUUAUCGCAUCAGCCUUCUGCGACGCCUCCGGGAGCGAGUCCUUCCCCACCCGUCCCUGGAGGAGCGUCUCCUCCUGGCCCCGCGCAGCUCCGAGCUGCCCGCCUGGUGGACCAUGCCGGACCACGAUCGGCAGCUCAUGCUCGGCGCUUCGCUGCACGGCGUCAGCCGCACCGAGCUCUCCAUCUUCUCAGACCCCCAGUUCACCUUCAGCUCGGCUCGUGACGAGUUCAUCCAGAACCAGCAGGCCCUGCCGCCCCCUCCGCCGCCGCCCCCUCCGCCCAUCAUGGCUCUCAGCCAGCCCAAGUCUGAGAUGGACCUACCCGGAGUCAAGGUAGAGGGCACUGACGCGAGCGCUCGACUGUUUGGCGGGGGGAUGGGCGCUGAGCUGCAGAGUAUGCCCCUGAGUCACCACGGUGGGAAAGGGCACGGUCCGGACUGGAGCUUCAAAAGCAGCAGGGAAGGAGCAGAAAAACCAGGAAGGAAAGGCGAGGGAGGGUCUGACUCUGAUUCAGAUUCUGACUCCGGCUCGUCGUCCUCGGAGCGAUCCGGGAGCAGCGACGACAGCGGAGACAGUGACGAGGAGGCAGAAGGAGGGGGCAUGAAGGUGAGAGAUGUGGACGAAGAAAACAGUUUACUCUCCAUGACUCCAUCUCAGGACAGCAUACUUCCACCUGAACCCAUCAGAGUCGACUGGCCCAAGGACCGAGUGCUGAUCAACCGUCUGGACAACUUGUGCACCCUGGUGGUGACCGGUCAGUGGCCCACGGGCCGGCGUUACAUUCCCGAAGCUCAGCUCCACCCGAGCUCGGAGCUGCUGGCCGAGGAGAUGGCGUACACCAGGGUGAUCCGUAAACCCAGCGGCAUGCCAGGCGGCAUGGGGCCGGAGGGAGAAGAUGGAGAGUUCACUGUUAAACUGCUCAAGGAGGAGGGCCUGAAGCUGACCUUCUCCAAGCAGGCUCUGAUGCCCAACGGCUCCGGCGGCGAGAGCAGUGGGCGGAAGAAGCGCAAAGACCAAGAGCUGUCCGAGUUAGACGGACUCCACGAUCCGCUGGAGCGUGCUCCCCGACGGAGGGACCCCCCCACGUGGUUGAAGGAGAAUCCAGAUUAUGAAGUGGAAGGAGACAUGUUGGAGCUGCUGGUGAAUAGGAGCAAGAGGAAGAGGAGGCGGCGAGCAAAUAAACCCCUCACAGGCACCGAGAAGGUCAAAGUGAUUAACAUGCUGACAGGAAAGAAGGUUGGAGCUGCUUUCUCUCCGAUGCUGCAGGAUCUGAAGGAGUAUCUCGAGGAGAACCCCAACAUCGCCGUUGCCCCAGAGUGGUCGGAAACAGUUCAGAAAUCUGGAUUGUUGCCUGAAUCCCUCUUCCACCGGCUGCUGACGGAGAAUUCGGAGAUUCCCAAGAAAAGCCACCGGCGGCGCCAUCACCACCACCACCAUCACCACCACCAUCAUUUCCACACUCCCGAGCCCACGCCCGAAGACCCCAACCUGGACGCAGUAGAAGAAGAGACUCUGGUUUCGGACGGAGCCUACAUGAUGGACGAGGAGGACUUGGAGACGUCCCACCACUUCCUCACCAGCCCAGACUUUGACGUUAAAAUGGAGGGCGGCGACAGCCUCUCCCAGGGCGACUACGACAGCUCGGAUCAAGAAGCGCUCCUGGACGACGUCAUCAUGGCGCAGAAGGACUCUGACUCGUCAUCGAGCUCGGAGGACUGACUGAACUCCGAUGCCACCUGACUUAUCCCCCCCCCCCCACCACCUCUCAAGAUGAAAUCACGUUAUUCCGAGAUCUUUUUUACCAACAUGUAACAAAUUAUGACUUGUUUUUGUUUUUGCUACCUUUAUUCAUUAAUUUUAUUUAGGAUUAUAUCUGUGUGAGGAGCAGGCGUGGACCCACGGGUUUGUUUCUUCCCUCGCCGUCAUGUCGCGCCCGUCUCUUCUCGAUCUUCCUCGUGACGUUGCCGAGCUGAGCGGUGUCUCCUGUCCACUCGUAAUUCUUCAUCUCUUCCAUCCGAAACCCAUGAAUUUCCCAUCACAUUCCCAAACGUGACCAAAAGGGGACCCACGCUGUAUAGACACAUUUCAUAUCUUUAAAAAAAAAAAAAAAAAGGAAAAGAUAAACCUCAAAGCGCUACGUAAAACUGGACACACGUACUGAGCAGAGCCAGAUCCCUCAAUCCCCCGCCGUCUCCUUUGGUCAGCCUCUCUCCAGAGGAGCCUGUAAAGUACCUGGGGGGUCCAGUGUGUGGAUAUCCUGUUAGUGUUUUCCCUCUGUGGGACGGGUUGAGGGCUGGGCUGGGAGGGGAGGGGAGGGAGAGGGGAAAGUGGCGUAUUAGUUACUGAAGCGGUGCGAGGAGGAUGGGUGUAUUGUAUAAUGUAGAGCCCGUCAGUUGUGUACUAAUGGUGCAAAGAAGAGGGCUGUGAGUUAUUCUUGUUUUAUGAUCUGACUGUAUCUGUGAUAUGAAUAACAGCAAUCUAAAGUGAAAAAA